GUGAAAUCGUUUGAUUUAUUUCAAAGGCGGUAAUUCAGUCGUCCGUGGUGUCAUGCAGUUACCUUCAAUACAUUUCGAUUUGUCAAUGUUCAUAAAUCGCUCUAGUAAAUAAACCAUGACACAAGACGAUAUGAUAUAUACAAUAAUACUUAUAUUGUCCCUGGUUACUGGACCAUUAGCCCAAAAAUGUGGGAAAUAUCGACCUUGGUUCGCAGCUGUUGUAGGGUUUCUUAUGUUUUUCUGUUUUGCGGGACAAGCUGUAUGGCAUUCACUCCUGACAUCGUCUGUAUUCACAUUGGCCUUUAUUCUAUUUCCUGCAAGAUUUUUGCAUUACGUAGCUGUUGUAUGGUGCUUUGGUUAUUUGGGAUUUUUUCGAACUUGUCACUAUUUCGGAUUCUCUCAGGUUACUCCUGUCGCAAAUAUUGUGCAGCUCUUAUUGACCUUACGUUUAAUAGGUGCAUCAUUUGAAAUAAGUGAUAGUUGGCGAAUAAACAAUCAAUUACAAAAUUCUGAUUUGCACCUACAGGAUAAAAGAAAACUUGAACUUCUAAAAAAAUAUAAAUGUAUCGAGCCUUCUCCACUGAUGAUUAUGUUGUAUGCCUAUUGCUAUAUUGGUUUGUUUACAGGCCCGUAUUACAAUCUGAAAACGUUUGAAGACUUUUGCAAUCGGGAUUCUGAAACCGUAAUAACUGCAGAAGAACCUCUUCUUCAACACCUUCAAGAAGCACCUCCAUUUGGUGUAGCUUAUUUAAUACUUUCUCACUUUUAUACUGUUGAUUACGUACGCACUGCAGAAUUCUAUGAUCGACAUUUCCUGUAUCGAUUUUUUUAUAUGAUGGUUAUUUUCUUUACCUUCCGAAUGCGAAUUUAUUUUGCUUGGAAAAUGUCUGAGUGCGUGUGUAUAUCCGCUCGUUUAGGUGCAUAUCCUAAAUUAUCUGAACCUGAAAAAGGUGAAGGACCAACCAAUCUACAUGCAUUAGAUUUAUACAUGGAACAACAAGCAGCCAAUGAUGUGAAAUUAAACAGCGUUAUAAACCAGCCCAAUCAUCUUCAUCGUCAUCAAACUUCUGAACCUGUCAAUUCUGUUAUUCAUUCCACACUAAAAAAUAAACCGAAUUCUGAAAUGAAGUCAGAGACAAAUGUAAUAUAUAAUUAUAAUACAAUAUCCAACUUAAGUAUAUGGGGAUGUGAAUUUGCUCCUACUGUACGUGAAUCAAUGAAAUCGUGGAAUUGUUCGGUGCAAUUUUGGUUGGCCAAUUAUUUUUAUAGACGUUGCAAAGCUUCACGAAAUAUACGGACAUUAUGGACAAUGAUGGUUAGUGCCUAUUGGCAUGGUUUACAUGCAGGUUAUUAUUUAUCCUUUCUGGUCAUCCCACUUGCAUUAGUUGGUGAGACAAGUCUAAAAAAUAUAAUGAAUUUAUGCGCAAAUAGUCUACCAACUGGUAGUGUAUCAUUUAUUUCAUGGUUAUUAAAAAUGCGUGUCUUUGAAUAUUGUUGUAUGGGGUUUUUAUUAUUAGACUGGGAGACUACUAUUGCUUAUUGGUCCAGUAUUUAUUUUUGUAUUCAUAUAGUUUUAAUUGGAUUGAUUAUUUUCGACUAUUUUCUACGACUUAUAUUACCAGCUAAAGCAUUUAAAAUUGUAUCUUCAUUAGAUUCAUCUACUGUUUCAUCAUUAUCAUCUGAUGUGUUUGUUGUUAAUAAUGACACAGUUGGUGAUCAAUCACCAACCCUUCAUUCUCAUCAUCGUCCUAAUUAUAAAUCAAAAAUGUAAAUUAUUGCAUCUACAUAUAUGACAUAAAAAUCUUUAACUAUUAUUUGAUAAUUAUUGAACAAUGAAAAUAGCAUUUUGUGUUUUCCCCUUCUUUUUUUCUUUUGAAAAAAAAUUGAUUUCAUUAUUUUCAUUUAAAAAUGUUUAUUUUAUCCUCUUCAUAGAUAAUGAUAUAGAGUUAGUCAUUUUUUUCCACUCUCUAAGUGUUAUCUCGAUAUUUUUAUUUAGAUCUUAUCAAUUUAGUUGUCCUCUGUUUCGUAUUGUCAAUUCAUUUCAUUCUGGUAUUAUUAUUAUUAUUGGGACUUUACCGCUCUCUUGUCUGAUAUAUAUAUAUAUAUAUAUCCAUCGUGGAAAGCACUGUGAAAUUGUGGCUUUGUAUUUUAUAAAACAACAAUAAUAUCAGUAUCAAAAAGGAUAAUUAUGUGUUUAAUUAUUCUUAUCAGUUACCUUUUUUUCUUGUAGUAUUUUCUUUUAUAAAAUUUUCUUUCUUCAAAAUACAUUAAUUUGAUACCUACUAAUUUCAAAGAGAAAUAUUCUCAAAUGAACGAAUAUGUUAUUAUGUUCAGCAAUUAUAUACGCAUACAGUAUUUUUCUGAUUAUCUCUUCUAAUAUAAUAAGAGUUGUUUCAAAUUAUAUGGAGUAGAAAAAAGGAGAAUAAGACAAUUUUGG